GAACAUUGCUCUAGAUGUCAAACAACACGGGGGCGGCACGCAAUAGUUUUCGCAGUAAAUUACUCUGCCUAAACUUUACAGCAGCUGUGGCAUUCUUAAACACACGGAGGAUGAUGGAAUAUCUUCUUCUGCUUAUAAUUCUAGUUACUGUCGCCGUUGCAGACCCAUGUAAAGAGCAGCUGGAUAGAAUUGAAGGUAAAAUAGAUAGCCUGCUUUCCGGACUGCAAGAGAUUCACACAUGCAGCUGCAACACACCACAAACGUCAUGUCUAGAGAACAGCGAGGCGUUGGUUGCAUACUACUCGUUCAACGAUGAUGACACUCUAAAUGACGACUCUGGUAAUGGACGGAAUGGCGUGGCAAGUGGAAAUGUACAGCGAUAUUCAGGAGGCCCACAGGGGCUCCCUGGUGCAGGUGGUGCGUUGCACUUCCAAGGCAGUGGCAAGGUGGACGUCGAUGCCUUCAGAAACUUCCAGUGGGGCUCAAAGUUCUCAGUCAGCGUUUGGUUCAGAAGAACUGGCGGAUUUGGCAACUACCAGGGUAUAAUUGGCAAUGGCUAUCAUACUUCGGGCAGUUGGGAGGUGCGCAUGGGGCGUGAAAAUAAUGGCCAAAUGUUAGGUGGAGGAGUUGUAACUAGUGAUAACCCUGUGACGUGGAACUACGUUAACCUAGUGGCUGAAAAGAACACGUGGCAUCACGUAGUAAUGACGUACAAUGGAUCCGACACCUCAUUCUAUCUGGACAACCAGAAGCAAGCAGGAGCACAUGAUUGCUGCCAUGGCGACAUAAUUCCAAAAAAUACGCCGCUGACGAUAGGAAAGGCUGGUGUGGGACAUGGAGCAGAGUACUUUGUGGGAUUCAUCGACGAGGUGCGGCUGUACUCAUGUGCACUUAGUGCCGAUGAGGUCGACACUCUGUACGGUGCUUUCAUCAAUUCAUAACCUGCCCAAGAUGAACGGUACUUUAAUCUUAGUAUGGCUGCUUAUCACCUGAAGUGUAAGCCAUGAUUGCAACUUGCUUUCGUAAACACAUGCUGUAGGAGACUAGCUGAAGUGGACAACGAGACACUUUUGCUCAAUCGCAUAAUUUUUACUCGACGGUAGCUGAUGUACCGAAACAAUGUGAUAACAUGUCUACUAAGAUUUUAAAAUACUAAUAGAAUUCAUCAUUGUAGGAACCAAGUUCUGCUUGACAUUUUUUUGCUGCAGUAAAGUAUAUACAAGUAAAUAAUCGCUGUCUAAUAAUGUAGUGUGAUGUUUCGACAUUGUCAUUAUCGAUCAAAGCAAUUUUUCUGCCAUAACAGAAUUGAGGAUUAGUAACAGUACAGUAUGUCAUUAUGAAAAACUUUUAUAUUUUGAAUCUCUCAUUGUUCUUAUAAUAUUUCCUCAAACCAGCUGACUUCAAAGCCUUCUGAUUUUCAUUUGAUUCUAAUUAUCAAAGUUUGUUUGUAUCAUCAUAAAAAUUUUCUAUUAUGGACUCUUGUUAAUAUUAAUACACUGAUAUUUACUACAUAUAUGUCACAUACUUGUAGAAUGCUCUGUACAUAGAGUGAAAAAGGCCCACCAAACUCUAAUGUAAUGUUUAUCUUCUUGCAUCUGAUGUCAAUUUUUUCUUGCACGAAUGCAAUACCAGCUUAUUUCAAGAUUUAUGUGUGAGUUUUCAAUUGCAUUUAUACCAUUAUUAAUAAUAAAUCUGAAUAAAUAUGAAUAAGUAUUUUGCCUCUCAGUGGCAUCGAUGUACCAUCAAA